UACAUUUCCGAAGUUUCCUCAUAAAUAAUUGAACUGAAAACUAAGAGGAGAGAGAGAGCAGGUACUGAAAAUCAAUGGAGGAGCAGAUUGUGCACAAGCAGGUGAAGGUGAACGGCAUUGAUAUGCACGUGGCCGAGCUGGGCGGCGGCGAUGCGGCCAUCCUCUUCAUCCACGGCUUCCCGGAGCUCUGGUACUCGUGGCGCCACCAGAUGCGCCACCUCUCCACCAAGGGCUACCGCACCAUUGCUCCCGACCUCCGCGGAUAUGGCGAUACCAAAGGCGCCCCGCCGUUCGCCGCCGCCUAUACUGUGCUCCACGUGGUGGGGGACUUGGUGGCCCUGCUGGACGAGCUUGGGAUGGAGAAGGUGUUCCUGGUGGGCCACGACUGGGGCGCCAUCAUCGCCUGGUGGUUCUGCUUGCUCAGGCCCGACAGAGUCAAAGCCUUGGUCAACAGCAGCGUCAUCUUCCAGCCCAGAAACCCCCUGCUCAAGACUAUACAGGGCUACAGACAGGCUUUUGGAGACGGCUUCUACAUGUGCAGAUUCCAGGAAGCAGGGCAAGCAGAGGCAGCAUUUGCAUCCACCGACACCGCAAAUGUAAUAACAACUUUUCUGUGUAUGCGUAACCCAAAACCAUUGGCUAUACCCCCUGAGGUGGAUAUGGGUUUAUUGUUCAAAGCUCCACCACCGCCUUUGCCAUCGUGGCUCACUCACCAAGAUAUCGAUUAUUACGCCUCUAAGUUUGAAAAAACCGGCUUCACCGGUGGACUUAACUACUACCGAGCUAUGGACUUGAGUUGGGAGCUGACAGCGCCAUGGACAGGAGCUCAAGUUCAAGUGCCGGUCAAGUUCUUGGUGGGUGACCUCGACCUGGCGUACCAUUUUCCGGGCGUCAAGGACUUCAUUGAGAGUGGUGGCUUCAAGAAAUUUGUUCCACUUCUCGAACAAGUUGUGAUUUUGAAAUCGAGAAGAGAAAUGGAGGAGGAGCAAAAGAUUAGGCACAAGAAGGUGAAGGUUAACGGCAUCGAUAUGCACGUGGCCGAGCUGGGCGGCGGUGGGCCGGCGUCUGGGGCCAUCCUGUUCCUCCACGGCUUCCCGGAGCUUUGGUACUCGUGGCGCCACCAGAUGCGCCACCUCUCCGCCAGGGGCUACCGCACCAUCGCCCCCGACCUCCGCGGAUAUGGCGACACCGAAGGCGCCCCGCCAUCCGCCGCCGCCUACACUGUGCUUCACGUGGUGGGGGACCUGGUGGCCCUGCUGGACGCGCUUGGGCUGGAGAAGGUGUUUCUGGUGGGCCACGACUGGGGCGCCAACAUCGCCUGGUGGUUCUGCCUGCUGAGGCCCGAUAGGGUCAAAGCUUUGGUCAACAGCAGCGUAGUUUUCCGGCCAAGAAAUCCACUGCUCAGUUCUGUAGAGAACUACAGAAACGUGCUUGGGGACAGCUUCUACAUAUGCAGGUUCCAGAAACCGGGGGAAGCAGAAGCAGCAUUUGCUUCCACCGAUACAGCAACUGUAAUAAGAACAUUUUUGACUACUCUAAAGCCAGAACCUUUAGUUAUACCCACUGAAAUGGGUAUGGACACGUUGUUCAAAGCUCCACUACCACCAUUGCCUUCUUGGCUCACCCAGCAAGAUAUAAAUUACUACGCCUCUAAAUUCGAAAAAUCUGGCUUCACCGGGGGAUUGAACUACUACCGAGCCAUGGACAUGAGUUGGGAGCUGACAGCACCAUGGACAGGAGCAGAAGUUAGAGUGCCGGUCAAGUUCUUGGUUGGCGAUCAGGACCUGACUUACCAUUUUCCUGGAGUGAAGGAGUUCAUAGAGAGCGGUGGGUUCAAGAAGUUUGUUCCACUUCUAGAAGAAGUUGUGGUGAUGGACGGAGUCGGGCACUUUCUUAACCAAGAAAAGGCUGAUGAAUUCAGCCAGCAUGUUUACGACUUCAUCUCCAAGUUCUAAUUAAAAAUAUUGUACUUCUCUCUUGUUGUACUACUAUUUGAAUGAACAAAAAUGCCUGAGUUCUCUCCGAAUUAUAAACUUUUGCUUGUUUCUAUGAAACUGUGUUAGCAUAUUGGGAAUCCUACAAUGAGGAAUUGUGCGUGUGUGUACCCACUCGUAGAUUAUUUUGUUGGAUGAGAGGGGCUGGACCAUGACGACGCUGUUCUCUGGAAAUCUCUCUUAGGUUUUCAGAGUCACACACAACAUUUAUGAAGUUGAAGGUGUUGGGCUCACACAAGUUAUAGGUUUCUCGAAUCAUAUCAAAACACAUCAAAAUGUUCUUUACCGGAAACAUUAAAUUAAAUGGAACAAACAUGUGAUCAAGGUUUACGCUGGGCGCUCGCGGGAAUGGAGCCUAGUGCAGAG